UAUAAUAAAAAAAAAGUCGGCAAAUAUACAAAAAUAAAAUUUUAAGUAAUAACGUAAUAUAAAUUAAAAAAUCUUAAAAAUAUUGACAUUACAAGCAUCGACAAUUUAAAUUGUUAUGUGUUCUAUGGACUUUUGGCCAACAUGUCCAGCAAUUAUUCCAUGUGGAACUGGACCAUGUUCAUGUUCCUGUUUGCCUCCACCACCUUGUUGUCAACCGUGUUGUCCUCCGCCAGUUCCUUGUACUCCAUGUCCCCAUUGCAACUGUACACCAGUGUUUAGACCGUGCCCAGCACCAGUCAUACCAGAUAUUGUACCACCUAUAGUUCCUUUGUUACCUCCUUGUAAACCUCGCAGGCAACCACCAUGCGAACCUUGUCCUCCACCGCCACCACAACCAGUAUGCUGCCCACCGGUAUUACCUUGCUGUCCACCUCCAGAGCCUUGUGAUCCACCGCCAGUGUGUCCGUGUCCAGAACCAUCUCCUUGCUACCAACCAGUCCUUCCGUGUUACAACCCUCAAUGUCCACCGCCCACUCUUCCAAAACAACGUCCGAUUUGUCCAAGAGCACCGCCGUGUUCCGACCCUUGUCUUCCAAUUUCUCGUAGUUGCUGCCCGUAUUGCGAACUGGAUCCUGUAACCCGAAGACGACCUUUGAUAGUACAUGAUAGUGUAUUUGCAAAUAGACCUUCAGGAUUUCCCGCGGAAUCAUUUACAAGACGAAAUCCCAACGUACGAUACUUUGCUUGUAAUUACGUGAGGCAGGGUCCUCAAUCUGGCUGCUGCUAUCAUGUCGAUGUGCCUCUUCAUUAACAGUUUAUUAGUUAAUGUUUAGUUUUGUUAUUUUGUUCGUGAAAUACAAAAGUAGUAGUAAAGUGGAAUAAAUGCGUUUUUAUAUGUU